UGAUGAACACAGAAAGGAGAGAGAAAACAAAGACAACCUCAAAUGCCUUAUCGAUUCAUAAAUCUCUUCUUUUCCCUGGUACUAUCCCCGGUAAUCCGGGUUAACCUGCCACAGCGUUGAACCUCCAUUGACGAAAGAAAAGAGAUGGUCUAGUUCAAACCCUUGAGCUACCAAGAGAAAAAAAAAAAACAAGAAAAAGAAAUUGUAGUUCUUUUAGGCGUACAGGAAAACUUUUUCCCCUCUAUUUUCCCCUCCAAAGCCUCCUCUGUUUUCCUGUACGCCAAUUCAUCCCUCUUCCAUAGAGGGUUUGUAAUUACUUCUUUUGUUUUGCUCUGUAGCCAUGAAAACCAAUACCCAUGUUUUGUUUUCUAUUAUUUCCCUACUUCUUGUUUUCAAUUCCCUCAAAGUAUCGAGCUCGGUCCCAACGCCGUUGGUAUUGAGUUGUGGCAACAAAGACGGUGGCACCGAUACCGAUGGUAGGAAAUGGGAAUCGGAUUCCAAGUACCUCGUGUCUUCUGACAAAUCGGUUGAGUCUGUAGCUCUAGUCCAAGACCCUUCGUUGACAUCCGAAAUCCCAUACAUGAAGGGGAGAAUUUUCACUGCUGAAACGGCUUAUAAAUUCCCGGUUAAUGGAACAAGUCGAUAUAUUUUGAGGCUCCAUUUCUACCCAUCUUCUUACACCAACUUCAAUACUACCAGCUCCUACUUCUCGGUCAUUGCCGGUGGGGUCACUCUCCUGAAUAAUUUCAGCGCUUCCAUUACAGCUCAGGCUAACACACAGGCGUACAUUAUGAGAGAAUUCUCUUUAGCCCCUUCAAACAACGAUUCUCUGACAGUCACUUUCAAGCCUUCAGAUAAGAAUGGAUCUUUUGCCUUUGUCAAUGGGAUAGAGGUUAUUCCAACGCCAAACUUGUUCGAUUCUGCCGUAAUGGUGGGGUUUGAUGACCAACCCCUUGAUACCUCUUCCGCGAAUAUCCAAACAAUGUGGAGAUUGAACGUGGGAGGCCAAUAUAUACCUCCGACUAACGACUCAUUUGGUUUAGUCCGGAGUUGGUACGAUGAUUCUCCUUAUAUUUACAGCGGCGCCAUGGGUUUGACAAGUCAGGCGGACAACAAUGUCACGAUCAAUUACAAGAAUUUUUCAGCAGCCAUUGCACCAAUUGAUGUGUACAGCACUUCAAGGCAAAUGGGUAUGGAUCCCAAUAUCAACAAAAAGUAUAAUCUCACGUGGGCUUUCCAAGUUGAUGCAAAUUUCACAUAUCUGGUGAGGCUUCAUUUCUGUGAGUACCAAUUGAGCAAGAUCAACCAGCGGGUUUUCAACGUUUACAUCAACAACCAAACCGCUGUCCAAGAUGCAGAUGUGAUUGCGUGGUCAGGCGGGAUGGGGAUUCCGUUUUACAAAGAUUACACCAUUUAUGUUUCUGAUGGACAAGGCGAGGACAUGCUUUGGCUCGCGCUGUCGCCUACCAACACAAUGAAGCCCGAGUAUUUCGAUGCGAUUCUGAAUGGGUUGGAGAUAUUCAAGCUCAGCGACUCGAAUUCAAAUUUGGCAGGCCCCAAUCCAACCAUAUCCGACAUGAUGAAGAAGCAGCUAGAAGAGGCAGCCAAAAAGCCUUUCGCUUCUGAUUCCAAUAAGAAAACUUACACCACCGCCUUAAUUGGCGGGGCUGCAGGAGGAGCCGCGGCUUUUGCUUUUGUGGCGGCGGCGCUCAUUGGCUAUAAAAAGAAAAGCAAACUCCCCGGAAGCCAAUCUCACAAUUCCAGUUGGCUGCCACUCUACACCAACUCCCAUACUUCAGGAACCAAAUCGACAAUCUCUGGAAAGAGCCACGGAAGCACCAACAUUUCAUCUGAUGCUGCCAGCAACUGCCGGUACUUCUCCUUGGUGGAAAUAAAAAAUGCGACCAAAAAUUUCGAUGAGUCUAAUGUUAUCGGAGUUGGCGGAUUUGGGAAGGUUUACAAGGGCAUCGUUGAUGGAGAUACCAAAGUGGCUAUUAAACGAUCAAACCCCUCUUCUGAGCAAGGUGUUAACGAGUUCAUAACUGAAAUUGAGAUGCUUUCGAAGCUGAGACAUAGGCAUUUGGUUUCUCUGAUUGGGUAUUGUGAAGAAAAUAAUGAGAUGGUCUUGGUUUAUGAUUACAUGGGACACGGAACUAUGAGGGAGCAUCUUUACAAGGGCAACAAAAUUACCCUCUCAUGGAAGCAAAGGUUAGAGAUUUGCAUUGGAGCAGCUAGAGGACUUCAUUAUCUCCACACCGGGGCCAAGUACACUAUCAUCCACAGGGAUGUCAAGACCACAAACAUUCUGUUAGACGAGAAGUGGGUUGCCAAAGUGUCAGAUUUCGGGCUGUCCAAAACAGGACCUAACAUGAAUCAAGGGCAUGUUAGUACAGUGGUGAAGGGUAGCUUUGGUUACUUGGAUCCUGAGUAUUUCAGGAGGCAGCAAUUGACUGAGAAAUCCGACGUCUACUCCUUCGGAGUUGUUCUUUUCGAGGCCUUGUGUGCGAGGCCGGCUCUGAAUCCAAGCCUUCCGAAGGAACAAGUUAGUCUUGCUGAUUGGGCGCUCCAUUGCCAAAGGAAAGGAACUCUAGAAGACAUCAUCGAUCCCCAGCUCAAGGGGAAGAUAAGCCCAGAGUGUUUGAAAAAGUUUGCAGAAAUGGCUGAGAAGUGUUUGGCUGAUCACGGAACGGAUCGCCCCUCCAUGGGUGAUGUGCUGUGGAAUCUUGAAUUUGCUCUCCAAAUGCAUGAAAACCCAGAAGGCAGUGUGAGGAAACCAACUACAGGAAGCGUAGAUUAUGAUCAGACUGAAGAAAUUGACCACAACAGCUUUUUGGCAAUGCACAGGAGUACUUUGAGCCUCGGAAGUGAGCAUGAUGAAAAGGAAUCAGAAGAUAGCACUGAUGAUAUCUUCUCACAGAUUGUCAAUCCAAAGGGGCGGUGAUGAGAUUUGUCCUUGCAACCUGUGUGCUUCUCUUGAACAAAUGGCUAUAUUUGGUGAUAGGAAGUUAUAAACUACUACGUGUUUGGUCUUUUUGUUUGUUCUCUCUUAAUUCUAGUGCUAUUUAAGGGACGGGCUUUUCAAACAGAUUGCAACUUGGAAAUCUAUGUAAGGAGUUGAGACAGAAACCGUUUACAUCAGCUCUCUUGCUAUAAUAUAUAAUAUUGAUUGCUAUAUUACUAUUA